UUAUUUGGCAGGAGCAGUCUAAACUUUAAGAAUAAAUAUGGUUGAAAUAUGAAAUGAACUGAACAUGUUAAGAAUGCACAGGAACAUCUUUACUUCCCAACUGGUCGUGGAUGUUCUCUAUUAGCGGGACAGUACGGCCAUGUCUACAGCAGAAAAGCACACUAACUUUUGAAGAAGGGCACCGGCAUGGCCACAGCUAAAUAAUAGCUGAUGAUAACAGCUGUUACUUGAAGAGCAUGAAGCUAUGUUCACGCAUACUAGAAGCUAGCUGAUAGUACUACUGAUGUGUGCUGUUAGUGCCCCUGACAGCCAGAACAGGUAGUCAGGUACCCUUAGUGCCUGGUGGCCUAGUUAUCAGAGAGGAGUUGCUGCCCCAGCCUCUCAUUUUCCAUUUGUAGGAAAGGGUCCUGAGAAUUCAGUUUUAACUUCAUUUCCUUCAUUUUAAAUCCUUAUCAAACAAAUGUUAGAUUGAGAAUAAAAUGGCAGCAGUUAAUUAAUUACAGUUAAAUUCUGUAUGUUUAUCUAAAAUUGGUUUUGCCAUCAUAGGGAUAUAGAGAAUGCAGCAGGAUGUGAUUAAAUUCAGAUGUUUUGCUGGGUAGAAGGGGCAAGGUUACUAGAUGUCACCUGAAAGUCUUUGUAAGAGUUUAGGGGCUUUUAAACAGGGUGAAACUUGUUUAGUCUUACCUGUGCUGUUUUUCCGAAAUAAUGCACAUCUGCUUCUAAAAGACAAACACAGUGCUUUAGGUGCAUGAUGUGCUGAGGCACUGAACACAAAUGUUAAGAGCAUUGACUUGUCCUGAUAUGCGGGUAGUGCUAACAGGCUUCUGUCACCCACCUCUGUGCUGUCAUGAUGAUGGGAGUCUCAGUUUUCUUUAGAGCAGCGGUCUCUGUGAAAUACUUUAUUAAUAUCUUCAUGCAUGUGACAACAUUUGUGAAAGGGGAUGCAUUUUUUGUUAGAGUAAUUAAUAAAGAUUUAGUUUGGUCAGACUUCUGACCUUGUAAGACCUUUCUUUCGUUCAACCCAAAUCAAAACCAAGCCACAUGUCUGAAAGCUGGUAGAUUGUCAAGGACUUUAAUUAAUUGCCCUAAGAAAAAUACUAUCUCUGCAGCUGCAUCCUAAUUACUUUCUUAUAUCAUGAGGGUUACAAAAUAGCCUGAGUACAAUUUCUCUACAUGCUUUCUCUAGGGGCUGCCAUAGAGAUGGCGGCAAGGCCGGGAGGGGCCGCCCGCCCCACAGGCGCAGUCCCGCCUCCGCUGCCUGCAGGGGGCGCGGUGGCGCCGCUCGCGGCCGUUGCUAAGCGAGCGGGCCAGAUGACCUUCACGGCCUCUUGUCGCCAUGGAGGGGCAGCUUCGGCCAGUCUACGAGGGGUUCACCGACUUGUUUCCCGAGCUGUCGGUCACUGGAAAGUUGCUUUUCACUGGCGAUAUGGCUGUGGGGUGCCUGACUGAGAUUUUACCCAGGCCCAUUACUCCACCUACUCUGCAAAAGUUUCAAAAUACAAAUCCAGUUCCUGGUGCUGAAAGAGUAUUCUAUGGCAAAGCAGAUGAUCCUGACAUUGCAUCUCACUUGAAAGUUGGUGUAGAGUCACUUCCUUCACACACGUCAUUGAUAAAUCCACUUCCUAAAACUAGUUUUCAACGUAAAAUACAAGACAAAUUAGAAGUAAUCUACUUAAGUAAUCAUAGAGCACCCUUGGGCAUACAUGAUGCUAUGUUACCUAAGGACUUGGAUAUACAUAGUACUACAUUUGGAACAAAUACCAUCCAAGAUGUGUCAGGUGGAGAGCUUAUAAAUCCACCAAAAACUUUUGAGGAAGUAGAUAAAGAAGCUAGAGAAGGACAUGAUCUGUACAUUGUGUCGCACAAUGAUUAUGUGGGAGAAGCAGUAAAUAAGAAGUAUGACUGUCCAAACUUCAGCAAGUCUUUUGUUUAUGGAAUAAAACUCCCUUACUUUAAGGAUAGGCGGUAUGUAUCCAAAUCCUUAAAUUGGCACUCUGCUCCAGAAUUACAGCAGAAAAAAAUAAUAUCAAAACAAAGUCAUGAUUUCCAAAAAAAAUUUCAACCUCAGCUUCAAAAAGUCCAUGUAAAUGUGCUUGUUGACAGUAUAGCAGAAACUAAGAAUGUUCCCCCAGACCAUACAUUUGGAGUGUCACUCUGUCCAUAUAAAUAUGGGUCAGGAGACCUGCUUCACCAUGGGGUUCCAUGUGAGAUCCUCCAUGGCAGAGACAAAGGGAGAAGUCUUUUGACUAAAGUUCAGCAGAGUCUGAAGAAAGCUAACUAUGAGAAUUUUGACAUACUACCAGAAGCAUUCAGGCAUUAUGAUAAGAUUAGUAAUUGUGACGGAAUGAUAGACAAAGACAACCUAUGAAACUACUGUUUUCAGCUUAUUUUGAAUCUAGAUGAUGAGCUCCUGGAUUCAUUAUUUGACUGUUGUGAUUUGGAUAAAGAUGGCCUGGUUAAUUAUUUGGAGUUCACAAACUUUCUGAACUGGAAAAACAAAGCAGCUGUUAAAGAGUUUGAAGAAAAAAUAAUUACAAAAGCAGAAAAAAUGGAUGCUCUUUUUCUGCCUGAAGACAUAAAGGAGCUGAAGCAGGAAAUCUUGUGUUAAAAAAACCUGGAAAGCUUGGAAAAGAUACCAGAAAUACUUACAAGACCAACAGAUCAUGUCGCAAAUUAUCAAACAACUUCUUCUCAUUACAGUGCUGUAGUAGGUGGUCUUCCAACAACCUGUUGUCCUGUGCGUGGUGUUCCAAGUAUUCAUUCAGCUCUUCCUCGAAUUCACUGCCUCAGUGACAGAACUAAUUACGGUGAUGACACCAGUGCUUAUGCAUUAUUAUUCCCUUCUGUCUUUCGUCAAAAGAGAGCGUAUGAAAAAGACUUUUUCAAAACAAGACCAAAGGCAGAGAUUGCAGGAAUUCUAUGCAACAUUGGCAUGAACAUUUCAGAUGAAAGGUUUGAGGAGAUAUGGAAGCAAGCCUCUAUGAAACAUCAGGAGGUUUGUGUAGAAAGCAUCAGGAACAUACUGGAUAAGAUACAUGCAUCACACACAGAAAUUGGUUGCUAAUUCUAGUCUUUGGGCACUGCAUUUCUUUAAAUUGACAUCACUUAUAAUUCUGAUGCUGAGUACAAUAAAUAUUUUCAAUAAAGUGUUUACAGAA